CUCUCCCGUCCACGCACUGUUUGUAUUUUUAGCAAAGUUUAUCUCGGAAGUGGGAAAAUUUUUGCUUCUGCCGAUCCAUUUCCUCCCGAAAAUGUGCGGAUUUAGGUGACAAAAAUGUGACGCUAUUCCGCCGACAUGGAGGCUAUUUUCCACGAAAAGCAGGAGGGCAGCCUGUGUGCCCAGCACUGCCUGAAUGCCCUGCUGCAGGGGGCCUACUUCACGGCCCCCGACCUGGGGCAGCUGGCCCGACAGGCGGACGAGGAGGAGAGGAGGAGGAUGGCCGAAGGAGGGACCCACUCCUCCGAGUACCAGAGGUUCAUGCAGCAACCCUCGUCCAAUGUGGACGACAGCGGCUACUUCUCUGUCCAGGUGAUUGCCAGCGCCCUCAAGGUGUGGAACCUGGAACUGGUGCCCUACUCCAGCCAGAACCCCCUGGCACAGAGGGCCAGGCAAGACCCCACGACCAUGCGUGCCUACAUCUGCCACUUCCGGGAGCACUGGCUGACGGUGCGCAAGAUCGGGGCCCAGUGGUUCGACCUCAACUCCCUCCUGGAGGGGCCCCAGCUCGUCUCCUCCACCUUCCUCUCCCUCUACCUGGCACAGCUGCAGGAGGAAGGCUACUCCAUCUUCAUCGUGGAGGGGGCCCUCCCCGAGUGCCCCGCGGACCGUCCCCUGCUGGCCAGGCCGGCCGUGCAGGGGCGGGGGCCCCGCCUCCUGCGGGGGGCCCCCGGGGAGGAGGAGGGGCUGGAGGAGGUGCUGCGGGAGACCAUGAGGGAGUCCCGGGAGUUCGAGGAGGCCUGCCUCAGGACGGCCAUGCAGCUCAGCCUCAGCGAAUUCCGAGCGGGAGAGUCCUCCAGGCCUCACACAGAAGCAGAGAGCGAGCCGAGCGAGCAGGAGAUGCUGGAGAGGGCCAUCCAGAUGUCCUUGGAGAUGCCUCCAGACACAUCCUGAGGACGACUUUUUUCUAUACCUGUUGAUUCUGUUUGAUGAUUUAUGAAUAAAAAGUAUUUUCAUGUACAUAUCUUUGACUGUAUAUUAAAAUCCUUGCCCGAGC